AUGGCGCGGCGGGAAACCCCGCGCGGGUCACGUGGUGCGCGCGGCCGCGCGUCACGUGGUGCGGACAAGAUGGCGGCGCUGAGGGCGAUCGGGGGGUCCCGGGGCGCCCCCGCCCUUCGGCCCCGCCUGGGGCAGAGCCGGGGGGGCUCCGGGGGGCUCCGGGCUCACCUGGACAGGUGGAGGCAGCACCUGGAGGGGGCCGCGGGCUGGGCCGAGCGGUGGCGGCUGCGGAAGCUGAACGCGUACCGCAGCUCCCUCAGGGAAUCCCUCGGGCCGGACGCGGCGGCGGCCGAGUUCACCUGGGCCUGCGGGGGGGGCGUCAGGUUUUUGGGGCAGCAGCGCUGGAUCGGCCCCGGGAGCCGCUCGGAGCUGCCCCGGCUGCAGCACCUGCCCGUGGUGGGCAUCGACCUGAGCGGGACCCCCGUCACCUACGGGGGGCUGGACAACCUGGUGUCCCUGUCACACCUGUCACACCUGGACCUCUCCGGUUGUCCCCACGUGUCCGACUGGCUCCUGGCCCGGCUCCACGUCUUCGAGGCCACCCUGCAGCACCUGGCGCUGGCCCGGUGUCCCCAGGUGAGCGAGCGGGGCCUGGCCACGCUGCACCACCUCAGGCAGCUGCGCUCUCUGGACCUGGCGGGGUUGGCGGUUCCGAGCCCGGCGCGGCUCCGGGCGCUGCUGGAGGCGGCGCUGCCGCACUGCCGGAUCCUGGGCAUGGAGUAACCCCGGGGAUCCGCCGCACGGGAUCCGCCGCACGGGAU